AUGGAAAAACAAAGAUUUUCGCUGUUGCUUUUGGAGCCCGGAGAAAUUUAUUUUGAGGAUUUCUCGGUUGACAUUGUUAAAGAAGAGACCCCGCUUGAUCUUGACAACGCACUGCAAAUGAGUGGGCGAUUGAAAAUGUGUUCAAAAUCGCUUGUUUUUGAAUCGAAAACGACUGGGUUUGUACCUUUGAUAAAAAUCAUGUACAAGGACUGCACAAAAAUAUGUCGACAAGCAGAAGAAUCCAAAUCAAAUCCCGAUUGCAACCAGCUCGUAAUUCAAUGUCGCCAGUAUAUUGAAAUGCUGAAGAACAAAGUUAUCCAUCCGUAUCAUUUUGUGCAAAAGGAAUACACAUUUCUUUUUCAUUUUCACUAUGCUAAACUCGAUGAAUGUUUGCAACAAAUUUGUCAACUAUACCGUGCCUCAACGUUACCGUCUUAUGAACAAAAUAGUAUGAUAGCAACUAUCGUGUAUUCAAGACAUAGCCGAGUGAAAUUCAACCCUUUAUGGUUAAACAAUUUAUACGAACGAACAGUUGCUGAUUUUCAAGUAGAAGAGCUGAACCCUCUCGUCGUAAAUCCAGGAAGAUUACUUGUGACAAACUCCUAUGUAUAUUUGCAAUAUUACAAUAACAUCAAUACGAAUCCUGUCCUCAAAGUAGGUAUCAAAUGCAUAGUCGGUUUAUCAAAGCAUCGAUAUCUUCUACGUCAGAUUGGAUUAAAAGUUCGAUGGGAUAAAAAUGAAGCUGCGGAGCAAUGCUUGUAUUUGGCAUUCCAAAAUCAAACAGAUCGUGACGAAUGUUGGCGAUGCAUAACCGAGCAGACCGAUUUCUCAGUCACCGAGCAAAGUCCAGAAAGUAUGACAUUAAAAUGGCAAAACGGACUCGUAUCGAAUUAUGAUUACUUGCUAUACUUAAACAGUCUUGCUGAUCGAUCCUUUCAAGACUUAACGCAAUAUCCAGUAUUUCCCUGGAUCAUAACCGAUUAUGAAUCGCCCGAUCUAGACCUUACCAAUGCUACGGUGUACCGCGAUCUCACCAAACCUGUAGGUGCAUUGAAUACUGUACGACUAAAACGUCUUCAUAUGCGGCUUGAAGAAAUGCCAGAGCCAAAAUUCCUUUACGGCUCGCAUUACUCCACUCCCGGCUUUGUUCUAUACUACCUUGUGCGAAAACAUCCCGAGCUAAUGCUUUGUCUUCAAAACGGCAAAUUUGAUCAUCCAGACAGAAUGUUUAAUUGCGUUAGAGACGCGUUCAACAACUGCUUGCAUAACAUGUCCGACUUUAAGGAGCUAAUUCCGGAGUUCUAUGACACCAACCAAAUGGGUGACUUUCUGCUAAAUACUUUGAAGAUAGACUUCGGCGUGCGAUUUGACGGAACGCCUGUGAAUCACGUUGCUUUGCCUCCAUGGGCGCUCAAUUCACCGGAACGCUUCGUACGCAUACUGCGCGAAGCUCUCGAAUCGGAUUACGUAUCUGCAAGGCUACACCACUGGAUUGACUUGAUUUUCGGUUAUAAGCAGCUGGGAAAGGCAGCACUCGAGGCGGACAACGUGUUCUAUCAUCUGUGCUAUGAAGGAUCAGUUGAUCUUGCAUUAAUCAACGAUAGGGCAGCACGGCAUGCAGUGGAAGUACAAAUUUCGGAAUUUGGCCAAAUCCCGAAACAAUUGUUUCGUACUGCUCAUGUGUCCAAGCUGUUAGCAAUACCGGUCAGUCUCGGAGCAGGUUGCAAAAUGUCAAUUCAGAAAGAAAUUGAAUAUUGUUCGCACAAGGAUAUGAUCACCGCAUUAGUAGUAGAUGCCUCGUCUGGUAAUAUAUUUACUACUAGCAAAGAUGGUACAAUGACAUGCUACAAUCUCGCUGAAAAGCGAAAAAUCCGCAGUGUACAGCUAAGCAAUCUUCCAAUCAGUUCAGUACAAAUAUCGAACGACAAAUCCAUCAUUCUUGGCGGUUGGGAUGAUACAAUUUUAAUAUAUAAUUUUGACUUUGGCAAAAUUGCAAGCACCAUCCGGGCACAUGAUGAUGCCGUAUCGUGUCUAUCCUAUGUUCCGUCCCAUCGGUUACUUAUAUCUGGUAGCUGGGACUGCAGUUUAAAGAUAUGGAACAAUUACCAUAACGAUUCCGUUGUUGGGUACUUCGUACUAGAAGAGAAGAUCGUCUGCAUCGACACCUCUGCCAGCGAACGCAGCAUCCGCAUGGCAGUCGGAUUACAAAAUGGGGAGCUAUUACUGUACGAUCUCGAUGCCAAAAUUAUUCCGACCUCAUACGCCCGCGAAAAUCACAAGAUAUUGCAGACGCAUCAUAAUGGAGUGUGUGAGGUAAAGUUCAAUAACAAAGGCACAUUAAUUGCUUCUUGUGGAGAAGAUCGGAUCAUGUACGUAACUGAUGCUGAUAGCAGUAUGACGAUCUGCCGGAAAGAGCUGAACGCAGUAGUGCGUUGUCUUUGCUGGACAACAAAUGGCAAAUAUUUACUAAUGGGUGAUGUAAACGGCAAACUUCAUGUAUGGAACAUGCUGCAGGGUGUUGUCGAAUACGAAAUGAACAUCCACAGUGAGUGCGUAUACCGGCUUGAAUGUUUUGAUGAUAGAAAACUAGUAAGCUGUGGCAAGGACGACAAUAACUACUGUAUAAAACAGUGGAGCAUUGAAGAUAAGCAAUAG